ACUGCCCCACUGGUUGGAGGGCCACCGGACACACUGGUAGGUCUCAUACUCCCAACUGUAGCAGUAUACCUGCCUGUGUCCCCCGAGUCUAUAAACUCCUGGGAUCUCCCAGCACUGCUCACUCUCCCGGUCCUUGUACCUUCUUCGUCGACUCAAGGUUGUGGUGGAAGCCAUGUCGAUUCUUUCUUCCUAGGUUCUCAUCUGGUUACCAUCCUGAGCGAAUCUUCAGUCAUUCCUUCUUUGACCUUACUCCUUGCUUCUGUCACCAGCGCCUUGAGGAGACUGAAAGAACGACCUUCCAUCAUUUCGAUCACUACUACUACCUCUUAUCUGCACGACUCGAGCUAUACCUGCAUCUUGCCAACCUGUCUUUACGUCUCGAAUUCCAGCUCCGAUCUUGUGCUUAUUCACCCCGAUAUUCAAAAUGGCCGCCGAGAAGAAGAUAGAGAAGUUGGGAGCAGUCGAAGCUGCGGAUGAUCAGUCUUCGAUUGAAGUCGUCAAUGCAUCGGGUCACCGUCAGGAAGUCGAACGGAAUUUCAGCUUGUUGAGCAUUUGUGCCGUCGCCGUUACGACAGGAAAUACAUGGAUUGCCCAGGGUGGCAGUGUGACAACUGCGUUGAGCAAUGGAGGGCCAUCAGGUGUGAUCUACGAAUUCAUUGCGGUUUCUAUUUGCUAUUGGCUGGUUGCAGCAUCGAUUGCUGAAUUGGCAUCUGGAAUGCCAUCUUCCAGUGGAGUCUAUCACUGGGCUUCGAUCACUGCGGGAAAAUACGGUCGUGUUUGCGGUUUCUUUGCCGGUUUUUGGAACAGCCUUGCUUGGAUUCUGGGUGCUGCUUCUAUGUCUGCUAUCCUAGGACAGCAGACCGUCUCCAUGUAUGCUCUCAUGCAUCCUGGGUUCGUUCCUCAAGCAUGGCACGUCUUCGUGAGCUUUAUCAUCUGCACCUGGCUUUGCUGCUGCAUCGUCCUAUUCAUGAACCGGUUCCUCCCACACAUCGGUAACCUCGGACUGUUCUUUAUCCUCGCGGGUGUGUUUAUCACCAUCGUUAUAUGUGCGGUCAUGCCCCAUGUCAAUGGUGCGACCUACGCCACAGACAAGUCUGUAUGGAGCACUUGGGAAAAUGACACCGGAUACUCCAGCCAGGGGUUUGUCUUCGUUGCAGGCAUGCUCAAUGGAGCUUAUAGCGUUGGCACACCCGAUUGCUCAUCACACCUUGCGGAGGAGAUCCCUAGCCCGAGUCGAAACAUUCCCAAAGCCGUCCUGGCUCAAAUGGCCGUCGGCUUCAUUACAGGUAUUCUCUACAUGAUUGCUUUGUUCUAUUCUAUCUCCGAUCUCGACGCAGUCAUCAACAGCGUUUACGGAUUCCCUCUCGCCGAGAUUUACCGCCAAGCGACCGGAUCGAAGGGUGGAGCCCUCGGAUUGCUCAUUGUCGCCUUUAUACCUACAGUCAUCACUUGUGCCGGUUGUUAUAUCACUGCCGGUCGGACCUUGUGGACCAUUUCCCGUGAUGGAGCGACUCCCUUCUCUCGUUGGCUCGGACACAUGAACACGCGGAUGCAGAACCCUUUCAAUGCGACACUGGUAUGCGGCGUGUUUGUCACCAUCCUUGCUUGCAUCUAUGUUGGAUCCACCACUGCCUUCAACGCUUUCGUGGGUUGCUUCGUGCAGCUCUCCAGCCUUUCUUACUUCGCCGCCAUCUUUCCCCAUAUGCUCACUCGCCGGUCCUCGUUUGCACCGGGCCACUUCUGGCUGGGACGUGCCGGCUAUGUCAUCAACUGCCUUAGCUGUAUCUACAUCCUCGCUUUCGUUGUGAUCUUCUGCUUUCCUUAUGCUCUGCCCACCGAUGCUGCUUCGAUGAACUACGCCAGUCUGCUGACGGGAGGGUUGACCCUCUUCGUGGCCGCCUGGUGGCUCUUCCGGAUGAGAACCUAUGAGGGACCCAAGUCCAUCCCUCUGACCGACAAGGUAAUUGUGGCUGAUGCCAACUGAGUGUUCAUGGUAUGGAAAAUGAGCGCUCGGAGAAAGGCUUUGGUAUAUGAAACAAGGAAUACCACGCCGAAGGCGAUAAUAUCUUAUUCUCUGGUGCCUUGCAGCAUCUGAUGAAAAUACUUAUUGAUGUAAUCUUAUGAUCUGUAUAUAACUCUGAUACUGUAUCGAAAAUUUUGAGUAACUUUUGAACAUAAAAUGCAUAUAAUGUCAUCUGUCAAUGGUUUG